AUGGACUCUUCACAUUUAGGCUUCAUUAUUGUGGCGCGCCAGCAUGGCAGGACAACUUAUGCUUGUGAGGCCUGUCCAGGAAGAACCACUUUGAAUCCUGUGGAACAUUUACAAUCAAGAACACAUCUCAUCAAUGCAAGUUUGGUCCAACCAAUUCCUGAAACUUUCAACCAAGAUACUCAAAUGUAUCCAGGAACAGGAUCAGAACCUGAAGAUACUGCCCUGGCAUUUGAGACCAUUGAUAUAUCAUCAGGCAAUCCAGAAAAUUCUGAUAAUGAUGUAGUAAUAGUACCCACAAGGACCACUGAAUUAUCAAUCUUCAAUCCAAAUCAAUUUCAAGAGGUGGAAUUUGAGGAUGAGGGUGACUGGGAUGAUUCCAUAUUUGAAGCUGUAAAUCUUGUACAAGGCACUGCUUUAGAGAGGGAUGUAUCAUUAUUAAAUGAUGGUGUUAACAGGAACACAUUAACACAUUGGUACCCAUACCAAAACCGAGAGGCUCUGAUUGGUACACUUAUGCAGGGAUAUAUGAGGUGCUCAAUUUCACGUAGCAUGUAUUCUCAAAUGCGCCUUAUUCUCUCCAUCACUGGGUUAGAGCUACCUCAUUGGAAUACUAUAAGGAACACUAGUGAAAGCAUUAGGAUGCUCUUAAAUUUUCAUGUGUUGGAAAAUGAAAGUAUUUGGAACCACAAAUGCUUUUCUUUGAGCAUCCCACAGAUCCUAGAACAAGAGAUUUCAAACCCAUAUGUGCAUCCACAUUUGGAUUUCUACCCAGAGGAUCCAAAUGGCCAGAAUAUAUUCAAGUUAUCACAAAGUAAGAAAUGGUGUGAGGAAUUGGGACCUAAUGAGAGAGUUCAAAUGGUUGUCAGCAAUGAUAAGCAUUUUUACAUCUUUGAACCCACUCAGUUGAAAUCAGGAAAAGUGGUAGUCCCAGUUUACUUCUACAAAAUGAAUAAUGAAAUAUAUGCCAAGUGUACCAAGCCAUUCAUUUCGCCAACAAGCCAUGACGCAAAGGUGCUCAAAAUUGAAUUUGAAGGAGCACUGGAGUUCACUUCUGACCGCCUACAAGCAAUCAAAUUUUCAGAAUUUAAAAAUAUAUACUCUGAAAUUAUCUGGGGAAAUUUUGGUAAAUUGGCAGAGGCAUGCAAAUCACUCAUUUGGGAAAUAGGCAAUGAAAUACCACUCACAUUGCCCAAUAAGUGGAGAUUUAUGUCAAGAGGAAGAGUGAUACGCCACAUGCCCAUAAACUUGUAUUGUGAUGAUACAUCUGGAAAUAUUUCCAAACAAUUUAACAAGCAUGUCUCUUUUUAUUUCACGCUUUCCGGACUUCCCCCAAAUGUGGCCAAUCAAGAGUUCAACUGUCACUUUGUGACCACCUCAAAUCAGGCAAGUGUAUUGGAGUUGGCUGAUAAAAUAACAGAUGACAUGAAUGAUUUGGCUAGAGGGGGACAUGUUGCUUAUGAUUAUGAGUUGGGACAGGAUGUUUUAAUCAUGAGUGUUGUGUUAUGCUUCCAGGGGGAUUCCCCGAUGCAUGCAGAGGUGACCUGCACUCACAUGCCAAAUGCAUCCUUGAACUCAUGCCGCAUGUGUAAGCUGAAAGCUGCCAGUAUUGAAGAUAGACGCAGCCUCCAAUACAUCCAGCAUUUCAUAGGACGUGAUACUCAAGGACAUGUGUGCAGACCCUCCCCAAGGACUUGGAAGGAGACCAAAACAACAGCCAAAUACUUGUGGAGACUUUCCAAAACUGAACCCAAAACGGUGGUAGACCGCAUGAUCACCGAUUUGGGGGUUAAGGAUAAUAUUAACAAACAGGCUAUGGAUAUUAUGAGAGAAGGGAAUGAUCAACAAUUGAUAGAAAAAAUUAGAAGCUUAGAUAAUGAAGAUGAUCAAGACCAGCUUUUCAGUCCCAUCAUGAGGCUCAAAGGAUUUGAUGGGUGCAAGGAUACACCUGUUGAGAUCCUUCAUGUGUUCCUUCUUGGGGUUGUGAAGUACCUGACAGGAGAUUUCAUGAAAGGACUCAAAGCAUGUCAUGUUGAAAGAUUAAUGGCAUCCUGGGAAUCUUUCAACAAAAAUUCACUCAACAUUGAAACCAUUAACCCAUUGAACAUGGCCAAACACCAUGGUAGUUUCCUUGGAAAACAUUUCCGGAUUGUUUUGCAAGCAGCCCCUUUUGUGUUCUAUCAAUUUAUGUCAGAAGAGAAAAGGCUACUCUGGAUCUCUUUGUGCCGGCUUUCAACUUAUAUUUUUCAAACCCGGAUUCCUGACAUGGAUACCUAUUUAGUAGAACUCAAAAUAAGGAUUGAUGAUUUCAUGUGGCAUAUUAUCAAGAUGAAUUGUCAAUGGGUGAACAAGCCCAAACUUCACAUGCUUCUUCACUUACCUGAAUGCAUUCAACGAUUUGGUCCAGCCACCCUCUAUGCCACUGAAAAGUUCGAGAGCUUCAAUGGGGUUUUGCGAAAUGCAUCCAUACACUCCAACCGUCACAGUCCGGGAAGAGACAUAGCCAUCAAAUUUGUCAAUGAAGCAUGUUUACGACUAAUUCUUUCAGGGGGGCCACAUUGGAACCACAGAACUCAUGGAAGAUUUAUUGCUGAUCAGCAGGUUACUGAUGUAUUCAGGGAUCAUCCACAAAUACAAAAAUCUCUUGGAUACAACCAUCUACUUGUUACAUCCCACAACCAAACACCCUCUGUCAUAACUACCCCCCUCCCCAAAGGAGAAAUGGAAGGUGUUCCAGAUUUUUUGCAAAGAAGAUUUCCCCACCAUAAAAUCAAACAAAUUCACCAGUUGAGACUAUUACAACAUGAUGUAUUGAAGAAAGACUAUUUUGUUUUGGUCAAAAAAAAUACAAGUUCAGGAUCCACUAAAGAUAUUGAAUGUGUUGAAUCUAUAUGGUCUGCCAGUUUGGAGCAUCAAACCCGGUAUUUUGUCAGGGCCAGGCGAUUUUUGCAAGGGCCAAUCAAUCCAUUUUAUCAGAUGAGAGAGCUAGAUGUCACAAGUCACGUUGAUUAUUUUGAAGCAUCUGAUAUUGUUGCUUGCCUCAAUACCCAACACAAUUGUCAAUCUGGAAGAUGCCAAGUGGUCAAGGGAUCCAGGAACAAAGGCCCCAAUUAUGAAGGCACUCAAACAACAUUGAAGAUCCGUCAUAAUGACAAAAAGAGCUUCAUAUUGAAUUCUGCUUCAUUGCGAGAUCCUGUAACCCAUCGUGAAUUGGCAGGACUCAACACUUAUUACCAUCUCAACUGGGCCACUGCCAUUGAGACUGGUAGGGCCCGGUGGCGUCCAAAUCCAACCAACCAGACCUCACAGACACGUGCAAGCAGCCUUGCCCCAAGUUUGAUUUGAUUGUUGUCAUUGUUGGAUGAUGGAUGACAAACCAACUGAAUGAUCCCAUCUUCAAAAAUAAAACAUGCCAUUGAAUCACAUCUAAAACAUGGUGAUGAAUAACCACUAAAAUGACAUUGAAUCAUAUCUCAAGGAUACACGCUAAAAUAAAUAUACAU